CGCUGACUGAAACUUCCUCUCAGGAUGCAAGUCACAUGUCAGGGUCAAAAUACACUGUAAACGAGCUUCUACUUUAACGGCAAUAAGACAGGACUGCUGGAAAAGUGGCUCAUUUGAAGAAAAACGUUAUCGUUGCCAAAGAGGACAAUGAGCCUGACAGCUUUCGUGCCCUUGUUAGUCCUUGAGAAGCCAGCCGCAGGUAAAGAAAAGCUUAAAUCUGGCUUCCAAGUCCUGGAAGGUUGUGGUAGGAAUCUUUACCUCGGGAGCAGAGAUGGUACCAUACAGCACUUCACUCUGCUAGAACCUGAAGGGAAUCAGCAGACAGUUCGGGAAACAAGGAGGAAACAGCUGGGAUCAAAAGACCUGAUAACCCAAAUGAAGGUCCUUCCAGUCCUGAACCACCUUCUGGUGCUCUGCAACGGUUCCAUCACAGCUCUCAAUAUGUUCUCCUUGGAGCCAGUCCCCACCCUGUCGAAGAUCCGCAACGUCUCCUUAAUGACUGUCAAUGACUCCUACAGCCUUACCCAGCCCCUAGCCGUUGAGCUUUUCACGCUGUCCUCCAGGAGAAGAGCUGUGAGCAUCCACGUGGUGUCAGUGAAUAAGUGGGAAUGUGUCAAAGAGGUAUCGCUGUCCCAGGACCCGAUAUCGUUGGCUGUGGAUGGGCCCUGUCUUUGCAUAGGCACAGAUAAAAACUACAUACUCCAUGACCACAACAGUGGCAUGACCCUUGACCUUGUCCCACAUGAUUCCACCAAUCAAAGAGUCAUUGUACAAGCUGUGGGGAAGGGCGAAUUUCUUUUAAAUGGGCCAGGAUCCUUGGGCAUAUUUGUGAACAACCAUGGGAUUUCCCAGCGUCCACCAUUGCAGUGGUCACAGGGGGCCUUGGCUGCAGUAGGGUACCCUCCCUAUGUGCUCGCCCUGCAAAGCGAAGGGCUCUUUAUCUACAGCAUGUUGGAUCAGCACCUCAAGCAGACCGUCCCUUUGCACAAGGCAAUAGGCCUGCUCUCCACAACAGAGAGUGUGUUUGUUUUCACGGAAAGAGAGGUUUACAACCUGCUGCCCGUCCCCCUCGAUGAGCAAAUCACGGCCCUUGUGAACAGCGAACGUGUGGAUGAAGCCUUGGAACUUCUGCAGGGUGCAAAAGGACAGUUAUCAAAGGAUACAUACGAGACACUUCAGAAGGACACAGCCUGCACGGCUGGCUUUGUGAAGUUUUAUCAGGGAUGUUUCCAAGAAGCCAAGGAGCUUUUUAUCAAAGGUGACAUAGACCCUAGAGAAAUUAUUAGCCUGUAUCCCGACCUCCCGUCUCUCGGUGACGGAUUUACGUCACAGCUAGCGGCCGUCUUCAACUCCAGGGAUCUCCGUGCAAUGAGGACAGAGGACUACGCCACUUUUCAGCGCUACCAGGAAUUCCUGGGCGGGUUCCUAAGCGUCGUCCGGGGGACGGACCAAAGUCACGGGCACAGCCAGAACGUUGACUGUACACUCCUGAAGCUGUAUGCGGAGGGAGGAUGCCACAAGGACUUGGACCAGCUCCUGUCUUCCGGGAAUGACUGUCUUCUCGACAUGUGUGCGCCAUACCUGGAGAAAAACAAGAGAUUCUUCUCUCUUGGUUUGCUGUAUCAGAGUCAUGGCCAGACAGAUGAUGCGGUUCAGACCUGGGUGAAAGCUGUGGACGGCUUCCUGCCCGACAGCUCGUGCCCCGAUAUCUACGGGCACAUCGUGAAAUUCCUGAGCCAGCAAAAGUGCAGGAAGUUCCUCUGGAAAUACGCAGACUGGAUUCUACAGAGGGAUCAAGAGAUCUUCACUAACAGAGGAGACAGCCAAGAAUCACUCUUAGGGGAAGAUAUUGAAUUUUUAACUAAAUACCCAAAAGCUUUGGAGCUGUAUCUUGAACAUUUAGUUAAGGACUUCAAAAGUAAGGAGGAGAAAUAUCACACCCUUCUUGCCACAACGUAUGUUGACCAUAUACUGCGGGAUUUGGAACAUGGACAACCCAUGGACACUACAACCAGACAUAAACUCCAACAAUUCCUACAAGAGUCCACUUUCUACAGUGCAGAGGACGUUCAAGAAGCACUCAAAUGCACUCCUCUUUAUGUGGAGAAGGCCAUCUUGCAUGGAAGAGCUGGAGAACCUUUGAAGGCUUUGGAGGUCUUGGUCCACAAGGCAAAGGACCAGCAGGCUGCAGAAGAUUACUGCAGGAGAACCUCAGAGGGCCAGAGCACGGAAUUCAUUAACCAGCUCUACCUCACCCUACUGGGAAUCUACCUGCAGUCGCCCGAUUUAUUGGGCGCUGCGGUCGACCUGCUCAAUGGCAACAGCUCUGCCUUCAGUUUGGUCGACGUGCUCCAAGUGCUGCCUGAUUCCUGGUCCUUGCAGCUGGUGGACAAGUUCCUGAUCGAAUCUCUCAGGUGGAACUUCCACAGCAGACGAAUGAGGUGGAUUGAGAAGAACCUUGCCCAAGCGGAAUAUCACAGACACAAGAUAGCCUGGAUCAUAGACGCUAGAGGAAUGAUGAAAGUGGAGAAGUGGCAGCUGUGCCAACGGUGUGGACGAUACCUCAUGGAGCCCAUCUUCCUGCGUUCUCCGAAAGGGGAACUGAUUCACAAGCACUGUGGCAUGUGACAGAAUGAACGGCAUUAUGGGAAUAUGCCCAGAUGGGUGAAUUCAUUGUAAAUGUAUGGCUUCUGCAGUAAAUGAGAUUUCUUUGUACAUUUCUAUUUAGGUAAUGUAAAAAAAAACAAAAAAUCACACAUAGGUUCACCAACUGACUUUGUUCAUCAGUGUAGAAUAUAGAGGCAUUCCCCAGAUAACGAACAUUCCCUAAGUCUGUCUUUAAGUGGAAUUUGUAGGUAUGUCAGAAAAAUAAUACAGUAGAUAAUGACAGUAAUUAUCAUACAGUAAUAAUAAAGGUAUCAUAUCUACAUACGAUCUGUAUCUGUGCCUCAGGCCGACGAACUGCUGAAGCUGUGCUAUGUAACUCGGAUGUUCUUAACCCGAGGACUGCCUGUACCUUCAUUUAAACAGGUACAUUUGCCUUCAGAACCACUUCAAGUUUAGACGAGAUGCACAUUCCACAGAGCCAGUCUGCACGCCACUGUUGUACUGAGCUGUUAUUUUUGCACUUGCGGCCUUUCCGGUGGCUUUAAUAAGUCUGGCUGCUCUCUCCUGACCUCCGUCAUUAGCGUGGUGUUUUCGGAGACCUAACUGCCACUGACUGUAGGAUUUUUGUUUAUCCCCUGGAAAGCCUAGAUGCUUUAAUGUGUGAAAAUCCCAGGAAGGUGGCUGUUUGUGAGAUCCUGGAACGACCAUGCCCGGCCCAAUCCAGCACGUCGCAUUCAAAGUCAUUUUGAUCAGGGGUCUUAGACAUUCUAAUGCUUAGCCAAACAGUAACUUAACCUCUUGACCCUGUCUGUGUGCUGUCUGUAUUCCUUAGCAGUCACUUGAUUCACCCUUUGGUGGAGCAGGUUGUCUGCAAUAGCGGGCAGGUGUGACUAAUCAACUGACCACUUGUAUUUAUCUGUACUCUGAUUUAUUUCUGAAGAAUGAACACAGGUUUCUGCUUGUUUUGGGCAAACACUCCAUCUUCUCCUAGAAAACACAUCCAGUCAUCAGGCUCCCUCCCCACCUUCAUGAAAUGCUUCAAGACCCAUCUGUUCCAGGAACUCCUCUACUAGCCUGAUGGCUUUUUGGCUUCCAUGAAUAUUCUUUUGUUGCCCUUCUGGCUGUUUCAUAGUUUUAUUGGAUUCUUUCUUUGUUAGAAGUUGUUGUGUAGCUCUUGCUCCUAUACUGCUUACACUUGUACCUGGGCAUCAACUUAAAGCUCAGCCUAGCUGCACUUAUGCCUAGUCACCAGGUCAUUACACCUAUAGGAACUGUUCUGACAUUCCAUUACAAAUCCAUGGGCAUCAAUGUGGAGUUGGUUCCCCCUUUGCAGCUGUAAGAGCUGCCACUCAUCUGGGAAGGCCUUCCACAAAAUUUUGGAGUGUGUCUGUUAGAAGAGCAUUUGUGAGGUUAAGCAUUGACGUUGGAUGUGAAGGCCUGGCUCUCCAUUCUAGUUCAUCCCAAUGGUGUUCAGUGGGAUUGAGGUCAGGGCUCUGUGUGGGACAGUCAAGUUCUUCCACCCCAAACUCAUCCAAACAUGUCUUUGUGGACCUUGUCUUGUGCACUAGGGCAAAGUCAUGCCGGAACAGUAAAAUGUCUUCCCCAAACUGUUCCUAUGAAGUUGCAAGCAUAGAAUUAUCCAAACUGUCUUGGUAUGCCAAAGCAUUAAGAAGUCCCUUCACUGGAACUGAGGGUCAUAACACAACUGCUAAGAAACAACCCCAUACCAUUAUCUCUCCUCCACCAAUCUAUACAGUUCUCACAAUGCAGUCAGACAGGUAACGUUCUCUUGGCUUCUGCAGACUCAUCCAUCAAACUGCCAGACAGAGAAGUAUGAUUAAUCACUCCAUAGGGCAUGUUUUCAUUUCUUUACUCCAUCCAAUGCUUGGUAUUGCGCUUGGUGAUGUGAGGCUUGCAUGCAGCUGCUCGGCCAUGGAAGCCCAUUCCAUGGAGCUCCCAGUGCACAGUUUUUCUGUUGGGGUUAAUGCCAGAGGAAGUUUGGAACUCUGCAGUUAUUGAGUCAACAGAGCAUUGGCAACUUGCGCAAUGUGCCUCAGAACUUGGCAGCCCUGCUCUGUUACUUUACCUGGUCUACCACUUUGUGGCUGAAUUUCUGUUGUUCCUAAACACUUCCACUUUGCAAUAAUACCACUUACAACUGAUCAUAUAUUAUCUAGCAGAGAAGAAAUUUCAUGUACUGACUUAUUGCAAAGGUAGCAUCCUAUGACUGUACCAUGCUUGAAUUCACUGAGCUCUUCAGAAUGACCCAUUCUUUCACAAAUGUUUGUAAACCUUACUGCAUGGCCAGGUACUUGAUUUCAUAUACCUUAAUCCAUGAUUAAGAGGUGUGUCCCAUUACUUUUGUCCAUAUACAGCAGUGCAUGUUUGUAA